AUGGCCCAUGAAUCUGCAGCCGCACUCGCUGCACAGCUGCUCCGUCUUGACGAUUACGAGCUCCUGUACACCAUCGGCGAGGGCCGCCACGGCAAGGUGAAGUUGGGCCGACACCUUCCGACCGGGACCCAGGUGAUCGACACCGACAAAUCGUCAUUCCUUAUAAUGGAACAUACGAGUAGAGGGGACUUGGGGGGUUACCUGGAGACCCAUGGUCGCAUGGAAGAAAGUGCGGCCCGACGCACCUUCCGGCAACUUGUGUCCGCGGUACACUAUUGCCACGAAAAGGGGAUAAUCCACAGGGACGUGAAGCCACAGAACGUGCUCUUAGACCGUAACAUGGACGCCAGACUUGCAGACUUUUCAAUGAGUACACCAUUCAAUGGCAGCAAGCUGAGCACGUUUUGUGGCACCCCCCAGUACUCAGCCCCGGAACUCUUCCAGGGAAAAGAGUACGACGGUCCUCCAGUGGACAUCUGGAGUCUGGGGGUGGUGCUGUACCACAUGGUCACUGGCACCACCCCUUUUAAGGGAAAGGACUUGAUGCAGCUGGUGAAGCAGAUACAGAGCGGGAUCUAUACUGUACCACCGUACAUAACAGUCGAGCUGCAACACCUCCUCGGCAAAUUAAUCACCAGGAACCCCGCGGACAGAAGUUCUCUAACGGAAAUCCUGCCAGACCUGUGGCUGAACAGCGGCUACCUGGAGGAGCUCAGGCCUUUCGCUGAGCCGGACAGCGACGACCUGGACCCCCGUGUGGAACAGCAGAUGCUCGACAUGGGCUUCGAGCGGGAGGAGAUUCAGAACGCGUUAGCACAGAACAUAUACGAUAACAUCAUGGCAACGUAUCUGAUGCUAACUGCAGAGAAGUCCAGGGAACCGAACCGCACCACCGUGUUAAGGCCCUACACAUUCAUUGAGCCUAACGGCUUUGGUCGCUCCGCAGAUCCGGAGGCUCAGAGACAGCCGCCGCCAAAGGACGUGGAGCCAGGGCAGGGGACCGAGGAUGCCGCAGGUCCUUCAGGCAGCCCGAGGUCCAGGAAGGCCACACCCGGACCCAGCCCCAAGUCCAUGAAGGCCAGUCUCCAACCCAGCGCCAAGGGGAAGAAGGUCACGCCGCGACACAGCCCGCAGCUGAAGACCGCCUUUCCCAGACCGAGUCCGAAGUUGAGAAGAGCCACUGCCCGAGCCAGCCCAAAGUCCACAAGUGCCACUCCCAGAACCAGCCUGAAGUCCAGGACCGCUGCCCAACCACCGGACUCGGACUCGGACUCGGACUUGAGGCCCACCACUCCUCCACCGACGGCGGAGUCAGGGGUGAGUCCCACCCCUCCCCCACCAACAGCGGAGGACUCGGAGGACUCGAGGCCCACCCGUGCCCCACCAACGGCGGAGGACUCGAGGCCCACCCGUCCCCCACCAACGGUGGAGUCAGGGGUGAGUCCCACCCCUCCCCCACCAACGGCGGAGGACUCGAGGCCCACCCGUGCCCCACCAACGGCGGAGUCAGGACCGAGGCCCACCCGUCCCCCACCAACGGCGGAGUCAGGGGACUCGGACUCGAGGCCCACCCCUCCCCCACCAACGGCGGAGGACUCGAGGCCCACCAGUGCCCCACCAACGGUGGAGUCAGGACCGUGGCCCACCCGUGCCCCACCAACGGCGGAGUCAGGACCGAGGCCCACCCGUCCCCCACCAACGGCGGAGUCAGGGGACUCGGACUCGAGGCUCACCCCUCCCCCACCAACUGCGGAGGAGAUGAGGACCACCACUCCUACACUCAAACAGGAUCCGAAGUAUGCCACCCCUAGACCAGCCCCCCAGUAUGGCCCUGGGGACUCCCUCUCCACCCAUAAUACCAGCAGCACCAGGAGCAGUAGCAGCAGCUGUGGAAGCGCAGAAGGAAAAAGCCAGGGCCGGCGGGGACUGGCUAGAAG